UUUGCUCCCGGCCGUGGGAGAGCGGGAGCGGGCACAGCACGGCAGGGCACAGCAAAGGGCAGCCUGCAGCCCCUCGGCAUGGCCUCCUGCCCCGUGGGGAACGGGCGCUCCCCGGGGGGGCCCCACUCGUGAGAGCUGCCCGGGUCGCAGAUCUGGCUCGGAGAACAUGGCCACUUCAGGGAGGACAUUCCCAGUUGCCCUGUGGACACCGACACUGACUCCCUGGCCAGGAGGGAACACCACUGAGGUGGCCGAGGAGAAGUGUGUCUUCGACGAGGAGUUCAAGUUCAUCCUGCUGCCCAUCUCCUACAGCAUCGUCUUCGUGGUGGGGCUGCCCCUCAACUCCUGGGCCCUGUGGAUAUUCAUCUCCAGGAUGAGGCCCUGGAAUGCCACCACCACCUACAUGGUGAACCUGGCUGUGUCUGACAUGCUCUACGUCCUCUCCCUCCCCACCCUGGUCUAUUAUUAUGCCGACCGCAACAACUGGCCCUUUGGGAAAUGGCUCUGCAAGAUCGUGCGGUUCCUGUUCUAUGCCAACCUCUACAGCACCAUCCUCUUCCUCACCUGCAUCAGCGUCCACCGCUACAUGGGCAUCUGCCACCCCAUCCGCUCCCUCAAGUGGGUGAAGACCAAGCACGCCCGCAUCAUCUGUGUGGGUGCCUGGCUCGUCGUCACCAUCUGCCUCAUCCCCAACCUCAUCUUUGUCACCACCAGCUCCACGGGCAACACCACCCUGUGCCACGACACCACCAAGCCCGAGGAGUUCGACCAUUACGUGCACUACAGCUCCUCUGUCAUGGCCCUGCUCUUCGGGCUCCCCUUCCUGGUCAUCGUCCUGUGCUACUGCCUCAUGGCCAAGCAGCUCGGCAAGUCCAGCCUCUCCAGCCCCAACCCGCGGAUGCCCUCCUACAAGAAACGCUCCAUCAAGAUGAUCAUCAUCGUGCUCGCCGUCUUUGCCAUCUGCUUUGUGCCCUUCCACAUCACUCGCACCCUCUACUACACCUCCCGCUACUUCCAAGCCGACUGCCGGACCCUCAACAUCAUCAACUUCACCUACAAGAUCACGCGGCCCCUGGCCAGCAUCAACAGCUGCCUCGACCCCAUCCUGUACUUCCUGGCCGGGGACAAGUACCGGGGGCUGCGCCGGGGGGCCGCCAACCGGCUCCGGCCCGUGCCCACCUGCGACCUGGCCCUGGUGUCGCCCUACACGGACACCCUCACGGACAGCGGCCACGUGGCCAGUGUCACCCGAGGGACAGGGACAGCACGGAGCGGGGGUGGGUGCUGAGGGGCCCGAGGGGGUUCCAUGACCUCAUCUCUGGGCUCCAUGUGGGCACCCCCAGGUCCCCAGACCUGCCCUGCCCCUGCCCAGCCCCUGCAGGGGCAGAGGCCACAGGGCUGAGGGCUGGAGGCCACGGGGCCAGUCCCAGCCCUGCCCUGGGAUGCUCUGGGAGGAGAGUGCUGGUGCUCACUGGGGCAGGAGAGCACGCGUGGGAAUGGGAAGGACACCGAGGAGGCUCUUUGGGGGAAGCAGGCUGGUGUCCCAUCCCAGGGCACUCCUGGGGACACAAGGGGGUGACAGGUCACUAAAGAGAAGGGACACGGGUCCCUCCCUGGGUAGGCACAGCCCUUCCAGAUGGCUCUGUGGUGAUGUGUGGGCAACAGACUGAACAAGAGGACAUAGCCCACGCUGGGAUCCCCCCUGCCUGUUUGUCAGAGAUGUCUCUGUCACACCACUGGCCUUGGCAGAGGAGAGAUGUGACACGGGGCACCUACAGCACUUGCUGCCCGUCACCCCCAGUAAAGCCCCUUCCCCUUUCCCUUUGCUCCUGCCUGUUUCUCCCUGUAGCAGAAGGAAGAGGAACGAGACACCCACCCUCACCCCAGAGAAAAGCCACCCUCCACCGUGACACCAGUGCCGGGGCAGGUCUGGAGCGGUGAGCUGGUGACACCCCUGGUGACGGGAAUGUGCCUUUAUGGGUGUUUGCUCCUCAAAUGUUUACCCAGCCCUUUUGUUUGACCAAGUGCCUGCACAGUGGAGCAGACCAAGAUUGGUAUCAGUGCUGUUGACUCUCCCAUGCCAACCUGGCAGGGAUGGGACAGGGACAGGGCUGUCCCCAUGGCCCCCCACAACUCCUGUCAGCACAUGCCUUGGGAAGGGACACACCAAAAGCAUCAUCAAGGUGUCACCUCUGCCAUGGCACUGGUCACACAAGCCACACCCCACCAGGAGCUGCCCAGGGGAAGGAAAGGGCCCCAAGGACGGCACAUCCCAGCCCUGUGUCCCCACCCCACCAGUAGUGGUGCCCAGAGAGCCCCUCACUCACCACUGAGCCGAGAGCAGAGCGAGCAGGAGAUCCCCCUCCUGAGCCCAGCUAACCCACUAAGAGCAGCUGCUGCCCCUCUCCUCCCGUUAUAUCCAACGUGGCUCAGGUGCACCCUGGAGCAG